GCGGGUAGGAAGAAUGAUUUGAUUAUGCUAACCGAGAAGGACCAGCUCAUAUCGGUUGACGAAGAAAAGAUCAAGACAGUAUGACGUAUGACGAAUGUCGCGUUCCGAUUGGGAAAAGUGCAUGCUUUAGGAGAUGUUGUGGUGCUGGACGUGAAUACGUAUGACGUUCUGUUCGGGCUUCCUGCAUUAGUGGCACUGCGUGCUAAUUUGGACUUCGAACGCCGAUCCGUCAUUCUCCGGAAUACCGGGGGAAAGCCGUAUGUAAUACCCAUGAGACUAACUCUUCGAACGAUGGUUAAGGUAGUACCCCGAAUUUCUCCGGAAACAAUGGGAGCGCUCCGCAUGGUCUCUUGGAAUGCACUUGUGGAUGGAGGCCAAUCAUCGAACGACGCGUGGAAUGACGACGAUGACGACCCAGUCCCCCUUCAUUGGGAUGACGAGUGCGACCAGGCCUUCGGGGCCCUGAAGGAUGCUCUCGUCACAGCCCCGAUUCUGAUUCGGCCGGACUCCUUUCGGCAGUUUAUUCUCAUCACCGACUGGCAGCCGGAGGCUAUUUCAGCCAUCCUGGCGCAGAAGGGAAACGAUGGGAAGGAGCAUGUCAUUGAGUACGCUUCUCGGACGGUGUCAGACGAGCGACGAAACGAUUCCACGCCACAAGGAGAAUGCUAUGCGGUAGUGUGGGGUCGACCCGCGCCUGGUGCCCCACGUCACCUCGCGCACGCUGUCGCCAUAUCUUCAGUGGUCAGCUUGCGGGAGGGCUUCCCAUUGAGAAUUCCGCCUUCACGGUUGGAUUAUUUGGAUCCUCGUGACAUCGUGGAUCCCGCUUUCUAUAGACCGCCGUACGAGGACGAAGUGGAGGAGAUAAUCCACGAGGAGCUCGCGGAAGAAAGUUCGGAGGAAGAGGAGGAGAAUCUGAACGAAGACGAAGGGGAGCCGGCACAACAACAAGAAGGAGACGAAGACGAGCUCCUGCAAACGAAGAGCGAAGAAGAAGCAGAAGAAGAAGACAGCGAGCAGGAGAGCGGUGAUGACAACGACGAGGAGCAGGCCAACGAGGAUCCCUAGCUAGAAAUUGCGCCGGUUGCUGAUCUUCUGAUCAGCAACGAUCCAACGCUCGACCCGGAGCCACCACAGC